GUCAUAUCGUCAUUCCAAUGACUCAUAAGGCUCCUAACAACCAACUCUGAAUGUGUGCUCGCGUCAAACUAUCUUCAAUCUCUUUCUCUAAAGCUAACAAAAAAAAAAUUUCUUUCCUUCUUGUUGGACCCAAGUAGAAGGAUUUUAAUCAUCAAUGAUCCACCAAAUUAGGCAAAUUAAAUUACAUAAAUAAAACAAUAGAGGAAGAGAAGGAAAUUGCGACUAAUAUUCAGAUGGUUAUUUUAACUAAAUGUUGGGACUCUUAGCCGUAGAAUUGCUACAACUGAUGCCAACCUACAACUCACAACUAGAUUCAACCAAUUCCUCCAAGAUCUAUCUUCAUUUCUUCUACCACUCUUUUCUAAAUAUUCACAAUUUUAAUUCACCAAAAAAAAAAAAAAGGUUAACAUAAAAGUAACAUGUAACCAUGAAAAUUCUUAAUUUUGUUUGGAGGAUUGCUGAAAGAAUUGUCCAUUAUACACUUGCGUCCAAGGGAUCAAAUUCAGCAGGCAGAAAAAUGCCAAGACGCCGUCCGUUAUACACUUGUGUAGCUUCCAUAUUUGCUAUAAUCGACAUUGCCUGCAGAAAAGUAGAGGAUUUUAAUGGACCUGUUGGAUCAAUAAUAAAUAAAAUCGCGAGAGGUAUGAGUUAUAUAAUGCCAAUUUUAUACACCAUGCAGUUUCAAUGGCUAUCCGUCCUCUCGUUCGUAGACAAUUGCAUACUUACUUCAGAAAUUGUGAUAGAAAAGUUGUUUCCACCGUCAUCCAGAUUGUUUGAUAAGAUUGAUGAGAUAGCUUAUGCAGCAGAAAACCUACCGGGAAAAUUUGACGAUAUCAUGGAAAAAUUGCCUAUGAUUAUUCAUCAGGUGCCAUUUCUUGAUUGGGCAUUGGUUCAUCUUAUAGCCUGGUUGAAUUUCUGGAUUUCGCGUUUGACUCGUUGGGGAUCCAAUAAUGCUCGGGAGAAAGAUAUAACCAUCGAUGUUGAUCACAAUGAUCAAUAUCUCGAACAAGAACAAGUCAUGGCAAAUGAAAAAUCGGAAUGUGGCCAGGUGGAUGAGAAAAAGAUUGUUGGAUCAGAAAUUCAAGUAGUUGAAGAAGCAGUAAGUCCGGCAAGUUCAUCAACUUGUGAUCCAUUUGAGGACGCGGUUUCAUCUCCAAUAUUUGAUUCUCAUGAAGAUGUAAUCAAAUUAAUUGGAAUUCGAACGACUAAUAAUAAAGGUGAUGUUGGCAAGUGUAGCUACAAGGAGAUGCUAGAGAAAGGAUCUGAAGAAAAGAAAGAGGAGAAUGUGAGCAUAGUUUAGUGAAGAAAAAGGUAGAAGAAGAAAGCAGCAUUAGUAAUGGGGACAAGAUGGAAAAUCCAAAAUUGCAUCUUUUUGACACAAAGCUGGCACAUGAAAUGAAUGAAUAUUGCAGAGAUAAUCUAAUUUCAGUUUCAGUAGCAUAGAUAUGUAUAAUCAAGAAGAAAUUUAUUGUAAGCCAAGCCAAUUUUGAAGGAGAAUAGGCUUGUUCACUAGUGUAAUCAGGAUAAAGGUAGUUCUCAAGGUAGAGUUAAUAAUUUCCGCUCUAUUGUUCGGCUUGUGAAGAAGAGGAAACGGGUGUUUUGUUUUUCCAAUGAGACAAUUUCUUUGAA